AUGUUCAUCAUGGUGAUGUUGUGCAUAAUAGUAUUAUUACUACUACUGUAUCUAGGAUCGCGGAAACCAAAAGGAUACCCUCCAGGUCCAAAAUGGUGGCCAAUUUUGGGUUGCGCCAUCGAAAUGGCUCGUCUUCGCAAGGAAACCGGGUACUUGUUCAAAACUUGUUCUGCUUUGAGCAAGAAAUAUGGACCGGUAGUCGGUCUAAAAAUUGGCAUUGAUCGUAUUGUGGUGCUAAAUGACUAUGAAAGUAUCCGAACGAUGCUUACUGACGAAGAUUGUGAUGGCAGACCUAUUGGUCUAUUCUACGAGACGAGAACUUUCGGUUCUAGAAAAGGAUUAAUUGUCGUGGAUGAAAAUUUGUGGGUCGAACAAAGAAGAUUCGUGUUGAAACAUCUCCGUGAAUUCGGUUUUGGUCGAAGAAGUAUGGCUACAAUUAUAGAAGAAGAAGGUCGAUCGCUCGUCGAGCAUUUCAAAAAGUUAAUCAACGAGAAACAUAAUAAUCAAAUUAACGAAUCGAAAACGUGCUACAAUAAUAACGAUCAUAACAAUGGAAAAAUAUAUAAAUUAAUUAAAAAAGACAAGCCGAAUGAAUUAGAGUCAAUCGACAAAUAUACAAAGAGUAAAAAGCAAAUAAAAGCUUCGGAUUUAUACAUAAAUGCUGAUGAGUACAUGGAAGUCAAGAUGGCCCAACCCUCUCCUGGAGUUGUAAUUUCAAUGCACGACGCUUUUGGAGUUACAGUGCUUAAUGCAUUAUGGCGAAUGAUGGCUGGUAAAAGGUUCAAUAUCGAUGACAAAGAGUUAACUUAUUUUCAACGAAUCCUGACAAGACUUCUGAAAGAGAUCGAUAUGAUAGGUGCACCGUUUGGUCACUUUCCACUAUUGAAAUUUAUCGCGCCAGAAAUGUCUGGUUACAAAUCGUUCUUAGAGACUCAUCAGCAACUUUGGAAAUUUUUAAAGGAUGAACUGGAUAAUCAUAAAAGAACUUUCAUACCGGAUUCACCGCGAGACUUGAUGGACGUGUAUUUAUCUGUUUUGAAUUCUAAAAAUUACAGCAACACAUUUUCAGAGCCUCAAUUACUUGCCAUUUGUAUGGACCUAUUCAUGGCUGGAUCAGAAACUACAUCCAAAGCUCUUAGUUUUUGUUUCUUAUAUUUAGUCCUAUUCCCAAACAUUCAGAAAAAAGCACACGAAGAAAUAGAUAAAGUAAUUGGACCUAAUAAGUUUCCAACUUUAGAAGACAGAACAAGAAUGACAUAUAUGAAUGCUGUUGUCUUAGAAUCGUUGAGAAUGUUCAUGGGACGAACGCUAAAUGUACCACAUAGAACGCUAAGAGAUACUACGAUAUUAGGUCAUAGAAUACCAAAAGAUACGAUGCUUAUAGUGAACUUCAACAGAAUAUUAAUGGAUGAAUCAUGGGGUGAUCCAGAAAACUUUCGACCAGAGAGAUUUAUAGAUGAAAGUGGUAACACUGUUGCGCCGCAAACGUAUUUUCCAUUUAGUAUCGGGAGACAUCGAUGUAUGGGAGAAAAUUUAGCCAAAAGCAACAUAUUCAUCAUAGUUACUGCAUUAUUACAAGCAUUUACAUUUUCCGUAGUACCUGGAGAGAAAAAACCUUCGGUACAAGAUUUUGUCGAUGGAGUUACUGCUGGUCCGAAACCAUUUAGGGUAAUGGUUUCUUUAAGAACAUAA